AUGGAUAUAGAAUCAUUUCCUAAUGAAAUAUUUCUUGAACUCUUCGAUUAUAUUAAUGGUAUUGAUCUUUUUCGUGCAUUUUAUGGACUUAAUUCACGAUUCAAUAAUCUUCUUUAUAAACAAUUUCGAACUUAUCAUUUUCAAUUUGCAUCAAUAUCAAAGUUUUAUUUUGAUCUAAUAUGUCAACAACAUAUACCUUUUAUUGCUGAUAAAAUUGUUGGUAUUUGUCUAUCUGAGAGUUACAAUACACCAGAACAAAUCAAUCUAUUUCUUUCUUAUAUUCCCUCAUGGAAUCAAUUUACUUGUUUACGAACACUUUCAUUGUCAAAUAUUCCUUCAUUAGAAACAUUAUUAAAACUGUUAGAUAUAUGUCAUCAGCUUUGUAAUCUUACUCAUUUAAGAUUAUCUCUUGUUUAUUUACGAAUUAGUCGUCCUGAACUUCAACCUGUGAUUAAUAAUAUUUGGAGUUUACCAAAACUUAUUCGAUGUGAUUUUGAUAUUGGUAUUUCACUUGAUUUAUUUUGUUUACCAACAACUAUCUCUUCUACUCUUCAAUAUCUAUCUGUGAAAGGACAUCAUUUAGAAUGGAAACAAAUAAAUCGGCUAUUUAAAAGUACACCUUGUCUUACACAUCUUUCAAUAUCUAUGGCUAUGUCUGAUCAUGAUAAUUACAAAUUAUUUUAUCGUCCGGCAUUGAUCAAGUUAAAAAUUGAUGUUUUUUUCUCAUCUGAUUUUUCUCAAAUAGUCAUUUUCUUAAAAGCUCUACCUAAUUUACGUUGUUUGGAUGUCCAUUUCAGGACAGGAUUAAUCUAUGGUUAUCAAUGGGAAGAAGCUAUUCGUAAUUAUUUACCAAAACUCAAAACACUUCGAUUCAGUAUGAAUCGUUUUUAUGGUGAACUAUAUCCACAGAUAUUACUCCGUGAUAUAGCUAAUUCAUAUCGAAGUUCGUUUUGGAUCGAUGAACAUCAAUGGUUUGUUCAAUGUUAUAUACGAGAUAGAACUAUUUAUCUUUAUACAUCAUCUCAUAGAUUCCAUGAUUUUGGAGAUACAUUUAAUUAUCCUGAUUCAUGGACAUCAACAUGUCCGUAUGAUAAUCAACAAAAUUUUUGUGAUAAUAUUACUGACGUUUCUUACGAAAUGUUUUCUCAGCGACGUAUUCCAUCAACAGUUCGUAUGCGUAACAUUGAACAUCUAUCUAUUACACUUCCUAUUAAUGAUCAGUUUUGGUCGAUUGUACCAAGUUUAAAUCGAUUACACUCACUGAUGAUCUUAUCAUCGCAUAUAGAUCAUUUUCAAUCUCAAUUACAAACAUUAUUUAAUCGAGCACCUAAUCUUUGUCGUUUAGUUAUUGAUCAGAAUAAAUCCUCGCAUCCACAAAUGUUAUUAUUUAAAUGUACAAAUGCAUCAAUUCGUGAACUUUAUUUAAAAUGUCAUAAUCACAAUUUCAGCCAACAAGAAUGUGAAAUUUUAGUUCAUUCAGCAUUAGGUACUCAGUGUGAAGAGUUGUCAAUAAAUGUGAUUAGUUAUGAAAGUAUUGUUUAUCUGGUUGAAAAUAUGAUCAAUCUCCGAUCUCUAGAUGUACAAUGUCAUGAUGAAAUAACUCGUGAACAUUUUCUAAGCAUUAAAAAACACCAUGAAGGAUCACAUAAUGAACAUUUGUUAAAAAAAAAGAAGCUUUCGAAAUGGUUGAAAAAUCAUUUAAAAAUUGCCGAUUGUACAGGAUCACCGCACCUUAAAAAUGGUGAUGAUGAAAACAUGUCGAACACAGAUAGAAUAAUUCAUUGGUUACACGAUCGUUUGCCAUCAAGAUGUAUCAUCGUAAGAAAUCCGACGUUUUCUCAGUCUAUUCUAAUAUGGAUUUAA